UGGACGGAUUAGUGUGCUGCCGAGAUGGGGACUCUGUACGUCUUCGCUUUCGUUUGUUUUCUGGUCUGGCUGGAUGGAGGCCUAGCGCAACGACGCGAUGUUGAAGGCCCACCCAUAAGCGUCUUUAGUGGAUCACAAGGAUCUGACAGGCAGCCUGGAUCUAUAACUGUAACUGGAAGAAAUGGAAGGCCAGGUGCAUCUGUUCAAUCCCGUUGUCCUUGCUGUGGUGCCCUUGGAGGGAGCAAAUAUGGCGGACAAGGAGGUCAUGGAGGCGGUAAAAAUGGUGGACAUGGCGGAAAGGGCGGAGGAGGAGGAGGAGGAGGAGGUGGAGGUGGGGGUGGAAACGGAUUCCCAGGACUGCCCGGAAGUCCAGGAGCCCCUCGGGGCAUUGAUCAGCAAUAAAGCUACGGCGAUCCAAGCGAAUCGUACAUAAAUACGUCUAUUUUUAGUUGUUUUUAAUAAUAAUGACUAAGAACGAGCA